CAAAAUGCAGCCCGACCUGUCUGGCGAGGCGACCCCGCCCGGUAAUGCGUUGUGGUUGCUUGGCGACGGACGUCCCCUUUGGCCGGGUGUGGCCACCUGCGGCAGAGGUUGCGCUCGGCAGCACACAGAGCUGGGACUCAGACUCAUACUCGGACUCGGACUAGGACUCGCAGCUGCGGGGUGCCAGAGGCUUAUCAGGUGGGGGGGGAGUUCUACCGCUUAGCCGUUAGCGUGGAAAGUUCUGCCUGUCCCUCUCCCUAUCUCUCUCUCCCUGCCGAUCCCCCCACCCAGGGUGCCUGGGACAGGGUGAGGGCAGCUAUCCUCUCAGGACCUGUGAGCAAGUAGGACAGUGACACAUCUCGGAGACGACAUGCUAAGCUACAGCUCCCAAGUGAGCACUGUCACCUCCACCGCGGCAGAAGCCCCGGAGCAACCAAACGAGAGGACCAUCCGCCGGCUGCGACUCACCCUCCAUCCCAGCGAAAUCCACCGACCGGAGGAGGAAUGCCGAGCUGCCGGCGAUCCCGCGGCGACAGAGGGCAGCCUCUCCAAGAGGAAGAGGAGUGGCUAUGCACGGCGAGAGAGGCCAGUGGGCGCGGAGCUGCCUCUGAAGAGUCAGCCCAGGGUAGCCAAUGGCGCAGAGCAUCUCUCUCCACCGCCGGACAGGCCCAAGAUCUACGCGGUGGUACAGAGGACUGGAGCUGAUAGCAGCCAGGAAGUAAAGGCCUGCGAGUGGCCAGUCGAUCAAUUGAGAAAUGAGGUGAACUACAUCCGGGAGGUGCGGAAGUCCCUGGAAAAGGUGAAGGAGAGGAUGUCUGGGCAGUUUAGCGGAACGCAGCAGAUGAUGCAGAAACUGUCGCAGGAAAUGCGGUCACAGAUUGCCAGCAGCAACAAGAGGAACCAAAAGGCAGAUAAACCUCUGCUGGAUAGAUGCGUCGGCUGCACAGAGGCACGCAGCGAGAUGGGGGUCCUGCGCAGCUCCUGGGAUCAGGCAGAGGAGAGGCUGCGGGAGAUGGACAGGAAGCUGAGUGCAGCCCAGACCGAGAACCACACACUCAGGCUACAGGUGGAAUCCGCACAGGACGCAAACUCGCAAGCUCUCCUCGACUUGACCCAGAGACUGCAGAGCCAGUAUGAGGUUCAGCUCCAGGAGCAGGAAGCAAAGUACAGGAAGGAGAUCACAGCUCUCAAGACGCACUUGGAUGAGUGCAUUAGACGGGCCGAGGAAGCGGAGAGGAAGGUCAAGUUGGCAGAGGCUGAGAUAGCAGAAAAGGACAGGAGGGUCCAUGAAGUGGAGCGUCUCAUGGGCUGCAUGGGCCAGGAGAGGAAGCAGCUGGAGGGAAAGCUGCGGGAAUGUGAGGAGCGGCUUCAACGGCUGCAACAGGUGCAGCAUGCGGACGCAGCGACCAUCAGGAGGUCCCGACAGCUGGAAGAGGAGGCGGCUGGGCUGAAGGAGAGGAUCAAGCACUUGAAUGACAUGGUGUUCAGUCAGCAGAAGAAGGUGAAGAGCCUGAUUCAGCAGAUUGAGGCUCUGAAAGCUAAGGUGGAACAGAAGGAGCAAUAUAUUACAGAGCUGCUGGACAGAAUAGCCAUUGUGGAGUGUGAGAAUAACGAGUUAGAAGACAAACUGAAAUAUUACACCUCGCUGGAAUCUGAGAGGCAAAAUCAAGCCGCAGUCUCACAUGCAGACCAGUCUAACCCUCCCUCCUCACAUCCAAGGUCCGUCCCAUCGAGAAUAUACACGCCUUACAUGAGGCUGAUGGAAAUCACAGCUGCAAUUAAGAUCAAUAAAGAAGAUGGAUAAGAUUAAAACUAAUGUGCAGCUUUUUACUGUGAAGAUCACCGGAACGUGCCGACGUUGCUCUUAAAAAGACACUUUUUGUUUGUGUCCCUCUUCAUGUGUCUGGGGUGGGAGUUAUUUUUCACUUUCCUCAUGUGGUUCUGAGCAAUCAAACUGAUUUUCCUCAUAAAUAAGGUUUGGUGCUGCACUUUUGUGUUGUUUGUUUUAAGACCAGAUGUAUUUUAUUUUGCAGAUAUUUAAUAUAUAUACACACACACACACAAAUGUGUAUUGUUGAAUGCUUAUAUAGAAUUUUUAAUUUAACUCCAUUGUUAAUCUGUCCUGAUGGGUGGUUUUUGAUUGUUUCACACUUGCUCUGUAGAAGUUGUGUAAGUGUGUUUUAUUUGGCUCCCUGUUAUUUGCCUUAUGCGUCCAGGCAGCACAGGGCACUUUUGCUUCCCACCUCCAGCACUGGGUGUUUAAAUCCCACCCUCUCUAGACCCUGGACUUCAUGGUUAUAUGUGCCUUCAUAGUCUUUAAGUUAUAUUCUGUUUUCACCUUCCUGCAGAAAUGUAUAUGCAACUGGACUGCAAGGCCUGUAUUUUUCCAUUGAUUUUUAAAAAGCUCAAAUAAAUGUGCAAUAUUGUGCCAACAAUAUGUAAUAAGUAUGAUAAUAAAGCCCAUGUUGCUUAUUACCCCA